CUUUUUAGAAUUGUUUAUGCUACAUUCAUCUACACACAAUGAUUUGCCUGAUACCAUUGAAGGCAUACUUCUUCGAAUGAAUCAAGAAUUAACUUGUCCUAUCUGUUUGACUUUAUUGACACAAUGUACUAGUACACCUUGUGGACAUAACUUUUGUCGCCAGUGCAUCCUACAAUCCUUGACUUCUUUACCCAAGUGCCCUAUAUGCAAAGUACCAAUCACUAAACGUGGUCUCUACAGUUCAGACUCAGUGGAAGCUAUUGUACAAGAAUUCUUGGUUCUUCGCCUACACUAUGAAAAAGAUACUGGCAAUGUACUAUCGCAAAUACCAAAUAAAGAAUACCACGAAAGGCCAGUGAAUGAUCUGUCACAAUUAUACCCAUAUCCAACCAAGGCAACUGACUCCUCAACAAAUUUAGAAAGGAAACACCAAAUGAACGAUGAUCACCAGCCACUGCAAUCGACUGAAAAUAUAUUAGAACCUCAAUUAAUACCAACAACUCCAUCCAUAACAGAUGCACCGAUAAACCAUACAACGUCAAAUCAUCAAGAAAUCUUCAGUGUAAACGAAAAUACUAUGACUCGCGAUCAGCCUCCUCCUUCUUCUCAACAACAACAAUAUGAACCCUCCACCCUUUCAUUAUUAUUAUUUCCAUCUCAUUCGCCACCACAGACACCAGCACCAUCUCAUACAUCUCUAUCUACACGGCAAUCUUUAUCACAGGCAAUGCCAUCACCAUCCUUGCCACCAUCAUCGUAUCAUCUAACGUCACAUCAACCUUCAUCAUCACAGCGAUCCCCGUCUUCAUAUACAAUCUCAUCACAUGCGAUGCCUUUAUCAUCAAAUUCGCAACAAUCAUCACAAGAAUCACCACAACAAUUAUCAUCAUCAUGCCCUACUGGUUCACAAACGCCAAACACUUUUAUCGAUACUAGUCCGACAUACUUCUUGAUUCAUGCAGCUGGUCAGUUGAAUGAUUUUACUGUUGCUUAUCUGACAGAACUGGAAAAACAAGGCAAGCUACAAAUAUGCGGAAAAACACAUGUAUCUUCCAAAGUAACACACUUUGUGUUUCCAUCUACAGAACAACAUGGUAUCCAGUCCGUCAGCAGUGCAUAUCUUCAAGCGCUCGUUUUACGUAAACGUAUCGUACGAGAAGAGUGGAUUAAACAAUGCUAUCAAGCAAAGGAAAUGGUAGAUGCGACACCUUUUUAUACUGCAUACUUCGGUGACGGACAACAUGGUUAUGAAGAAGGACCGAAACGAGCAAGAAUUAGUGCCUUACAUGAGAUGCCGCUAUUAUUUGAUGGGAAAGUAGUCUAUUUCCAUGAAUCUGUGAAUAUCAAAUUAAAAAAGCAAUUUAUGAAUCUAAUGGUUGCGGGUGGCGGUCAAGUGAUUCAGAAGGAAGAAGAUAUGACGGAUGAUACCCUUAUAUUGUGCCAGUCUUUUGCCAAGAAGAAGGAUGAUCAGUUGACACUUUUAUUAUACCAGCAAUAUAGAAAGCAAGCAAUUGGUAUUGCCUGGAUGACUCAAUCUAUCCUACGAUACGAAUUAUUGAACGAACAAGACUUUGUGAUUGGAUCAUCAAUAUACUAACAAACAAGGUAAAAAAAAAAGACAGGGAAGGUAGGAAGGAUGCGCAUUGGUAUUUGGCUUUCUUUGUUUGGAUGGGACUUGGUUGUGAUACAAAUGUGUGAGAGCUAGAAAUACGAAUGCCUUUUUUUUGCCCUAUUUCGCGCUCUCAUCUUUUUUUUUUCUUUCU